AUGCCGUCCGGAUCGGAUUUUGAGAUUGAAACUUUAGCCCAAAGACUCUAUGGGUAUAUCAAACAUGGAGACUACAGAAAUGUGCAGGAAAUGCUCAACCCUAUUACAGAACGGGCUGUGCUCAAGGCUAUAGAAGAUAGAUUUAUCAGUCUACAUACAGACACAGAUCCUGUUAAUCUAGCUAUAAAGGCACGAGAGGAAAAGAUUGCAAUAUAUCUGGUGGAGAAGGCGUUUUCAACAGAUAGGGUCUUCCAGUGGCCAGAGCAGACUUGUGACCAGUGGUGUUACUACGAUCACGGACCGGACAAAUGUAUGUCCGAAUUCACCGCAGUUGACAACGCCGAAAAGGAAAAUUUGUACAAACUAGCAAAACGAAUCAAGGAGAUCAGACAAGGCCAAAGAAAUCCGGGAGACGGACUGAUCAUCUCCACUGUACAGCACCACAUGACAGGCCAACAGCCGAUGGAGGAAUCAAGAUAUCUCAGAUAUGAAAGGCCCUCGCCAGUAUCGGAUUCAAAACAUAGAAAAACUGCCGCAGAUGAGGCGCGAGAAAAACUUCAGAGAUACGGAAGGAAACACGUAGAUAAGAAUGGAAAUACUCUUCUUCAUUUAAGUAUUCGAAAGCCCCAGGCAUAUACAUAUGUAUUUGCGAGCGGUGGUGUUCCAGUUAAUAUUCAAAACAAGGACGGUGACACAGCUUUGCACUUGGCAGUUCGUGAGGGACUAUACGACACUGCAGAGGCUUUAGUACAAUGUAGUGCAGACAUAUCCCUCCGCAACUCUAUGGGUCAAGCUCCUUUAGCUGAAGCAGAGGGUCCCAUUAAGGAAAUGUUGGAGAAAUUCCAGCUGGGCGUAGUGGAAGCCGUGUGUUGUGGGAAGUCUCAACUUUUAGACAGAAUUCUCAAACGCACGUGGGCCAGUUUGAGUAGCAAGGUCAAGGAAGAAAAGAACAUGAUAGAGCUGGCGAUGCUGAGAGCAGGAGUUGAUCCUCAGGUUCAAAAUUGUGUUAGAUUACUGAAAGAAUAUCAAACAAGUAGCAAACUAAUCCAUGCUGUGCUUUGCGAAGACGUAGAGACUGCAAAGGACAUUAUAGAAAACGAAAAGGGAUGGCACACAAAUAUACGGUUCAUGGACCGAAAAGGAAAAACACUUCUGUCCCAAGCAAUAGAGGCUGAUAAUAUUGACCUUGUCAGACUGUUAGUGGACAAAGGCGAGGCGAAGAUCAACGCCAUCAGGGUUAGGGAGAGCGGAAUGUCCGAAGAAACCGUCCCCUUAUUCCACAAGUGCUUAAAAGCUGGACUGAAUCCAGAAAUUGCAAAAUUUCUCAACGCAAGAAUGGAUGUGAUGGAACGCUUAGAAAAAGACAAGAAUGGUAACACGGCGGUGCUACGAGCAAUUGAGGAAGAAGUUUCACCCAAACUUGUCCACUGGCUCAUUGACACUAGUGGUGGAAGCUGUCUGGCGGAACGAAACAAGGAGGGUCUUACUCCAAGAGAACUUGCAUUGACCCAAAAAAGCGACGCCAUUGUUAAAGUCAUCGAUCGCUAUAUUGUACAAAAGCCAACAAACAUAUCCAUAUAUGCGUCCCACUUGUACAAUGAAAGAGAUACUCUUGACAUUGUCGAUGAGGCCACUGGACAAACUUUGCGCGACAUUGUACAGAAAAAAAAGAAGAUCAAACUAAAUUAUGAGGUAGAUGCGGGAAACAUAUCCAUCGCAGCUGCUAAGGGCGAUUUAGGAGAACUGAAAAAUUGUACCGCUAACUUUGUUGAUAGGAAUGGUUAUACUGCCCUGACAAGAGCCAUUGUAUUUCGCCAGCUAUCAGUAUGCGAACAUUUGUGUACUGUCAGGCCGCAACUUAAAUCCAUACCCGAUAACAUGAACAGAUACCCCUUACAUUAUGCCUAUGCUCUCCCUGAUGGUGUCGGCAAGGACUACGUAAAUCUGCUGCUAGAGAAGAACCCAGAGUCGAUCGAAUCCAAAGUAGAUCUGAUGGGGAGGUGUGCAGCUGACUACAAGAACCUCAGACAGGAAGUAGAAAUACAAACUAUGUUGUACGAUGCUAUGACACUCGAUAUCCUAGGAAAAAGAGGACCCCCACUUGGAAAUUGGCCAGAUGGCGCCACGAAGACGCCCCCAGACAGACACGUGAUUGGACACUCAUAA